AUCAGAGUUUCAUAUCUAGUAAGUGUGUUAGUGUAAUAAAUAAUGGAAAAUGAGAAUAUUAUUUAUUCAUAUAAUAACAAAUUUUUACAAAAAACUUAAACGUGGCUCAAAUGAUUUGAAAAUAUUACCAAGUUCAGAAGGAAAAUACACGUUUUCUGUCCAAAUUUCAAGUCUCUUUUUGAACUCAAUUAUAACGUAUAAAAAAUUUGAAAAUAUUAAAAAGCAUUAUUUUCGUAAAUUUCCCGUUUUUCGUCCGUUUCAUCCCGGGUUUUUUCAAAUAUUAUGAAAACCGCUUGGAAAAUCAAAAAAUGACAUUCAUAAUGUACCAUCUAGGGCCUAGAUUCUAGGCAAUAUUUUCUUUCGGAAGUGGUGCCAUACGUACAUAUCGGAGCAAGAUUUUCGGUAGAAUUUUUGUACACAGUGUAAAAGAAAUCAUAGUUAAUCCAAUACAUUCCUCGUUCUGCUUAGAAUCUAAAAGAAACACAAAUUGUAGUUAAAUCAAUAGAUCCUUCAUUCCUCUUCGAAUGUAAAAACAUGGCAUAAGACAUAAUGUCGUUUUUAAUUUAUGACCUUUUAAAAUAUGUUUAUUAGAAUCCUUAGAGCGCCAUUGGAAUACUAAUUUAAAUAUUUUUAAGAAUAACUGUGACGAGAAAUGAUACUAUGACAUCAGCGUAAUAUAAACUAAAUAUUAUUUUUUUAAAAUUAUUUUCGCGAAAUAUAAAUAUGGAAAAAUUAUACAAUGAUUAGUAUAAGGGCAUUAUGUGUUAAUUAGCUACUUAUUACUUAUUUACUUAUAUAUAGACAACUAUUAUACUUAUGUUUAGUAAUUGUUCUGUGUUUGUUGGUAUUCAGCGUGAUAAAGAUAAUUUUGAAAUUUUAUUACAUAGCCAUGUCAAGACAAACCGUUGAGUCCAAAAUAAAAAAAGACAGGGAUAUUGCAUUAGAAGCAAUCCGCCGUCUGAUAAAAUGUGAUCCUGGCGAUGAAAUCGUCAUAUCUGGGUUCUCUGGAUCGUUUCCGAAUUGUGAUGGACUCCGGGAUUUUGCUGAAAAUCUUUUUAAUAAAGUGGACUUAAUAUCUGACGACGAUAGAAGAUGGACAAUUGGUAAAUAUUAUUUGAUAAUUACGUAUAUAAUUAAUAAUUAAAUUAACAAAUAAAUAAAUAAAUGUUUUAUUAUGUUUAUUAAUUUAAUAUAAUUUGCUUAAAAUUUAGGACACCCGGAAAUUCCUCAACGCACUGGAAAAUUAAAUCAAUUAAAAAGAUUCGAUGCAGCGUUUUUUGGUAUUAAUUACGAACAAGCUCAUACUAUGGACCCUAUGUGCCGUAUUAUUUUGGAAAAAUCGUAUGAAGCAAUAGUGGACUCAGGUAAUAUAAUAUUGAGACAUAUUUUAUGGUUAUAUUUACAUUUUUUAUGCAUGAAGUAAUUAGUAGGCCUAGAGACAUCAUUCCUUAAACAAAUUUUCAAGAAACGCUCAUGAUUAAAUACAUAAAGGAUAUUUUAGGGGUACCUGAUUGCCCUAACUCCUUAGUGCCUUUUUUAUUUUAAUAAAGACAUCUAAGCAAGGACAUGUUUUAUCACUGAUUUUCCCUCUAUACUAACGUAUUUAUAGGGUUCUGAUAUUUAUGAAAUUGCAUAUUUUUUUUUGUUAAUUCAAUUCAAUGCUGAUCUAUGUACAAAUUUGGUUCAUGUUCGACUUAAUCAAAUAAAACUAUUUUUAUUUUGCAUAUUUUAGAAUUUUAAGAAUAUAAAUUUAUAUUUCAGUACAUUUUAGAUUCUUUUUAAAAACAAUUUAAAUUAAUAACAAAAUAUAAAGCAAAAAAACAUACAAUUUGAACAAAUUAAAAAAAAAAAAAAACAUUGUAUCGAACUAAAACGCUUUUAUUUUAAAUUACUAUGUAAUAUAUAUUAAAAAAAUAUGUCCUAGAAUAAUAGUGACGAGUCCAGCCACUGUUAUAGGUAAUUUAAUGUGUAUCUGUAAGCAAUGAUAAAAUAAUGCUAACGAAAAAAACGAUUCUGAGCGUAGUUCAGUUGAUAGGGAUGCUUUGUCAACAAUAUAUGUGUCAUAUUAUGGUAAAAUAAUAAAAUAGACAUUAUAUCUUUUCUUUAAUAUUGUACUGAAUUUCUCAUUGUUUUUUCAUGAUUUUUCCCAUUUAUUGAAAAUCUCCUGGGAAAAUCGAAAAAUUAUCUGCCUAAAGUACCUUUCCAAUCAGAUUUCCUUUCUGAAAAAGUGAUAUUAUUUUAAAUCGGAGCGAAAUUGGUGGUAAAAAAAUUGUAUACAGAAAAAAGGCCAUAAUAUUUUUUUACUAAUAUCUACAUUUCGUACAUUUACCGUUUUUCAACAUUUUAUUUCGAUUUUUCCCAGUUAUUAUGAAAAACACUAAAGAAAUCAAAAAACGGCUUGUUUAAAUCAUCAUGGAGAAAAAAUUUCUUUAAAAUAAGCUAUACUUGAUACAUCGGAACAAGAAUAUUAUGAUUUUUAGUUUUAGUGCAUAUUUAGUAAUUUUUUUGUGUGUAAAUGCAUAAAUAUUACAGUUAUUUUAAGUGCAUAAACAUUUGAAUCAUUAUUAUGAGUAGCCAUCACUCAGUUAUCAUGCAAUUGUUUAAACAUAAACAAAAUAAAAAAAAUAUUCAUUAAAACCAGAACUUUUAAAUUAAUUUUCCCUAUAAAAUCAUAGUAAUAUUAGCAAUAAAUUGUAUAGUAAGAUUAAUAAAUUUAAAAAAAAAAACUGAUAAUGCUGAUUGGGUAUGAUAAUUUUGUAAGUGAGAAUUUUAAGUAGUGAUUAAUAAUCAAAAAUGUAUAAUUUUCGUUUAGUAAAACAAUUUUAUUAACUAAUAAAUGUAUAGUGCCUAUAAAUAGAAAAAAAAAUAUAUUGAAAAUUUCUACACGCCUAGAAAAGGAAUAUAGUACUUUUCUAUCAUUAUUUCAUGUCUUUUCGAAUAUUUUUAACUGAAUUACAACAAAGAUACAAAAUUAAAAACAAUGAAACAAUUAUUUCUGUUUUUUCUACGUUUAUUUUCGGUUUGCUCAAUUAUUUAAAAUGCUCUAAGGGUAAUCAAAAACCGACUUUCUUACUUACUAAUAAGAUCCAAAAUGCAACAAAAAUGGUUUCUUGUCAUUUUUCAAUUGGAAAAAAAUUUGUGGUAGAAAAAUCGCUCAUAGGCACAAAAAAAAAAAAAGUAAAAUAGAAGUAUUUAAAUACUUACCGAGUAUUUGUAUUUGUUCUUAAAAGUAUUUAAAAUACUUUCUAAAGGUAUGUAUUUUUAUCUGUAUUUAAAUACAAUUAGAAAAUAUUUUUUUAUAACACUGAAUAAUAGUAUACAUUUUUCCAAAUAUUCGGUAGCCUAAGCUGAUUGCCGAUGAUAAGCGGAAGGCGAUCGCUGCCGAUGUGGAUUAAAAUAGAAUCUAAAAUUUGUAUGGUGGCAUAGCAUGCGGUAUUUUAAUAAUGCACCACUUCUCUCUUUCGACCAAAACUUAAAAGUGGAAUAUCUCGUCAAUCGAUGGAUGAAAAUUGAAAAUUUCAACACGAAAAUUUAUUUUAACAAAUAAUCUACCUAUUUAUGGAAUUUUUAAUAUAAGUGCCAUUUGAAAAUAAAAAAGUAGGUGUUGGUUUCACCCCCAAAAAUAAAUGUGACGAAAAAUAAUAUAAAUGUAAAAUUAUAGAGCUACUUGUGUCUUAAAUGUUCUUUGAAACAGUCAACGACGUUAAAAGCUAAUAAUUUCCAAGUAAUGAGUGUCUUACGAUGGAUCACCCUGUAUAGGAUUGUUUUAACUUUUAUUGUACAUUUAGAUAAGCAGUAAUGGAUGAAAUUAAACCAAUUAGUAAUUUCAAAUUUAUAAAUAAUUAUGAGUAUAUAUCUUAAUACAGCAGCUUUAAACUGCUCAGGUGAGAGGGUUUUUUCGGUUCUUAAAAGAGUAAAGUCUUAUUUGAUGUCAACUGUGAAGGAGAAAGGGCUGAAGUUAGAGUCAGCAGUAUUAGCAUUGAAGCCAAGGUAGGAUAAAAUUAUCCGGGCAAUGUGCACAGUGUAACAUAUAGUAGAGCUUAUCGGAAUUUGGGUAGCCGUGUUAUUAGUUGGGUGGUGGUGGUUGCAGUGGAUAGUGGUUACGGUUAUGGCUUUGGAGGCGUAGAACGGGAAAAAGGUUUGGUUGGACGGCACUGGAGGCGGAGUGAGAGAGUGGAAGAAAGAGAGUGUGAGAGAGAGGGAGAGAAGGGGUUUCUGUAGGAGCUAGUUGUGGCUAAUGGGUAAAAGAAAAAAAAAGGCAUAACAAUGAUGGCUGGGGUGGAGUAGGGGCCACGGUGGCUGUGUUAUUAUACGUAUAACUUCGGUUUCGGAGCCCGCGUUUUAAUAUAGCACCGGUUUUGGGUGACUAGUCUUAGUCAUUAGUAAUUCAAAUAGGUUCUAACUGGUUAGUUGUUAUUUGUUAAUAAUUAUUAAUUUUAUAAAUGCAAAUAGGUAGAUAUAUUUAGAAUAUGUAUUAAACAAUUUUUUAUCUCUAGGCAAUUCUCCAAAAUCACUCAAAGGAACAAAAACUGGAGUGUUUGUAGGAGCAUGCUUCAGUGAAUCAGAAAAAACUUGUUUUUAUGAUAAACUUCAAAAAAAUGGAUUUGGAAUUACUGGAUGUACUCGUUCCAUGCUGGCUAAUAGAAUUUCUUAUUGGUUAGGUGUAAAUGGUGAGUAAUUUUAUUCUAUUCUUUAUGUCAUUAUAUUUCAUUAAAACAAAUUAGUUACAUUAAUAAGCUAAAAUGAUUUCUAUAAAAAAAAUCUACACAGGUCCUAGCUAUUCAGUGGAUUCUGCUUGUUCUUCAAGUUUAUUUGCAUUGGAAAACGCUUAUAAAUCGAUCCGUAAUGGCCAAUGUGACUCCGCAUUGGUUGGAGGUUGUAAUUUAUGUCUUCAUCCAUAUGUAUCUCUACAGUUUGCACGUUUAGGUUUACUUUCUAUGGAUGGCCGAUGUAAAUCUUUUGACGAAGCUGCUAAUGGAUAUGUUCGAUCAGAAGCAGUUUGCGUUAUUUACUUACAAAAAGCUAAAAAUGCUAAACGUGUGUACGCAUAUGUCAAAUAUGCAAAUACAAAUUGUGAUGGAUAUAAGGAACGAGGAAUAUCAUACCCCUCAAGAUUUAUGCAACAAAGGCUAUUAGAAGACUUUUACGAAGAAUGUGAAAUAAAACCGUGUGAUUUAGCAUGGGUAGAAGCACACGGAACAGGGACAAAAGUAUAUUUUAGUUUUUAGAUCUAAUUCAGGGGUUCCUCACAUUUUUAACACAAAGUACCACUUAAUACUUUUAUGAUUAAUACUCAUACUACCUUAAUUCUAAAAUUAAAUUAGGAGUCAAAAUCUUGUUUUAAUUAAAUAUUUUAUUAUUGAUUCAUUUAUUACCAUUUUUUAAUUAUUUGAUAUUUAUAAAAGUAACAAAAAUUUUAGGUUUUCAGUAAAUCUUUUAAUAUUUGAAUUACAAUUUUUUAUUUUUUAUAUGUGAAAACAAAUUUCUUCGCGUACAUACGAGUUUUCCGCGUACCAUUGGUUGGGAACCGCUGAUUUAGAUACAUAAAAAAUAUAUAUAAUAAUUUUAUAACUUUAUAUUAUUAUAUUACAAAAACAUAUAAUUAUAACUACCUAUACAGCUAUAAUAGGUUAUAUAAAUUAUUAAAAGUAAUGUUAAUUAUAAAUAGGUCGGUGAUCCAGAAGAAGUUCAGGCAUUAGAGAAUGUAUUUUGCCCGGGUCGCACAGAACCUUUACUUAUCGGUUCCGUAAAAUCAAAUAUUGGUCACUCUGAAGCUGUCUCAGGCUUAUGCGCUAUAGCCAAAGUGAUCAUAGCUAUGGAAAGUGGUUAUAUACCUCCUAACAUACAUUUUAACACCCCAAGAAAAGAUAUUACAUCAUUCUACAAUAAUCGUAUUAAUGUAGUAACCGAAAAAACCUCUUGGAAUGGCGGUAUGGUUGGUAUUAAUUCGUUUGGUUAUGGUGGUGCUAAUAGCCACGUAUUACUUAACUGGAACGAAAAAAAUAAAAUAAAUAAUGGACUUCCUGAAGAUGAUUUGCCUAGAUUAGUUGUAGCAUCAGGUAGAACCGAAGAAGCUGUAACUAUUAUACUAAACGAUGUAUGUUAUAGGAAUACUUAUGUAUAAUUACUAACCGAAUUACUUAAAUUAUAUAUUUAAUUGCAGGUAUUGUCAAAACCAUUGGAUAAAGAGUAUGUGCGUUUAUUACACGAUAUUCAAGCAGAAGAGAUACCUGGACAUCAUUACCGAGGAUACACUAUUCUAACAAAAGAUUCCAAAAAAACCUACUCGUUAGAUUUUCAAGUAAUUCAUAUCGUUUAUUGAUGUACAUUUAUGAAUUAAGUUGGGUUGGCCUAUUUACCCACAUGAAAAAUAAUUUUUGCAGCUGUUAGUAUGUGUGUAUUAUUUAACUGGCUAAGUAGUUAUAAGAGCUGAUACUGAGGAUGGGUGCGAACACUGUUGUAGGUGGGUAGUGAGGAAGGAAGGCUCACAGCCAUGGGGGCAGUAGGCGAUACUAUCCUCAUUGACCCGUUUCUUGAAAAUAUAAUUUUUAUCGGAUGACGGCCAUUUUCGAAUUAAUCGUCAUAUUGCAAAAAAAUAAUAUAAGAGUAAUGUCAUAAUAUUGAUUUUUUCUAAUGCCAAAUCUAUAAGUUAGUUUGCCCCUCCUUCCUGAAGAAUUGAUUUGACCACGGGCCUGGGAGGAGGUGGGGGAAUAAAGAAGUUAUUUAAGUUAUACCUAUAACCAAUGAUAAACCUUUGUUACGAAAAACGAUGUUCUAACGAACUAAGAAGUUCAAUUGUAUUCACAUUUUGAAAGGCCGUAAUAUUUACGAUUUUCAUCAAAAUUUUUUUUAAAAAUUCUUAUAAAAAAAAAAAUAUAUUCAACCAAAUUUUUUAUUUUGAUUACUUAGUACGACCUUUAAUGAGUCUUCCGUCAAAUUUUUAAUAAUUUUAAUUUCGUUUAACAAUUAAUGUCUCUAAAUGGAUCAAAUGUUUUGAACAUUUUUCAACGUCUAGUAAAGGAAAUAAUAUAAGUUUUCUAUUAAAAUUAUAGGUUUUUAUAAAUUUUUUCAACUAAAUUACAUUCAAAAAACAAAAUUGAAAAAAAAAAAAUUUUUUUUUCCAUUUUCCCGUUCUUUCUGUGUUUUCUUCGGUUUUAUUCAAUAAUUAAAAAAAAUCAAAAAACGACUUUUUUAUUCAUUAACCAGCAUAAAAAUUCAACAAAAAAGGAGUUUUUCAAUUGGAGCAAUACUUCUGAUAGAAAAUAUCGUAUUAAGAGAAUAAAAAUAAUGAAAAUGGUAACGCCACGGCGUGCAGUAAAUAUUCACUUUGCCUGUACAUCCCUAUUGUUUGGUUAUAAUUUACAUAUAGUGAAAUUUUGAUUUUUGAAGUUUUUAACUUGUAGUUUAAGACGAUAUUUUCGAAUGUUAAAAUAAGAACCUACAUUAAAAAUUUCAUAAAUAGACGGAGUAUUAGAUUAAAAACAUUUUGGUGUCAACAUUUUAGAUUUUCAACCCAUUAACGAGUUAUUCCACUUUUAAGUUUAGGUAGACACAGCCACUCAAACGAUACUCCGCUACUCUUCCCCAAACAAUUUCGAUUCUAAUUUAAAAACCAAAGUUGAUAUCACCACAGAAUACUUUUUAAAUGUAGGUAGUGAAAAGCCUAAGUAUUUGAAAAGAACGUCCUUAAUUACAAUUUAAAAUUCCGAAAAUCAGAAUUUAUGUAUGAAAAAUGUAACCAAAAUAAAAAUAGAAUGAACAAUCCUAUACAUGUAUGGAUUUGUAAAAAAACAGUAUACGUUUUCAUUCUCAAGCUUUAUCAAAGAAUGUACGCCUUUAGUUUAUAGUUAAGAUUAUUUAAUUCUUUUGAAUAAUUUAUUUAGUAUUAUUCUGGAGAACCGGCCCCUGUGUGUUUUGUGUUUACCGGUUUGGGUUCUCAAUGGACUAGAAUGGGCACAUCGCUAAUGAAAUUACCUAUUUUUAAUGAAUCGAUCCAACAAUAUAAUAGAAUUUUACUAGAAUUUGGAAUUGACUUAAUACGAAUAAUAACAAAUACUGAUCAUCUUUCAUUAAAUAAUGCCGUAGAUUCGAUUGUAGGAAUCAUAGCCAUGGAAGUAAAUAUAAUUUUUUUUAUAUGUUUUUACUAAAAAAUUUCAGAACUUAAAGGUUAUUAUAUAUAUAUUUUGAAAUUUACUUUAGAUCGCAUUAUUUGAUUUACUGACUGCUAUUGGUAUCACCUCAGACGUUGUUAUUGGGGAUUCUAUCGGAGAACUGGGAUGUGCAUAUGCUGAUGGAUGUUUAACAGCUGAACAAACCUUAAAAGCUGCUUAUAAUUAUGGCUUAGCCAUAAUGAAAUCAAAAUUACCUUUAGGGGCAAUGGCAUUUGUUAAUAUUAGAUACAGCGAUAUUAAACACAUGCUCCCAAUCAAUGUGGAAGUAACAUGGCAUAACUCACAAAAUAGUUGUAUCAUAUAUGGUUUAAAAAAAUCUGUUGAAGAAUUUGCCUUACAGUUAGAAUCAAAAGAUAUUUCAACUAAAAUAUUAAAUGUAUUUAAUACGCCCUAUCAUUCAAAAUUAAUUAAAAAAGCAAUGCCAUCACUAUUGGAAAAUUUGAAAAAAAUUGUGCCAUAUCCUAAAUUACGAACCGACAAGUGGAUUAGUACAUCAGUACCAGAAGAACAAUGGGGAACAGAUAAAGCAAAUUACUGUUCAGCUGAAUAUUUGGUCAAUAAUUUACUAAAUAGUGUAUUGAUUGAUGAAUCAUUUAAUUAUGUACCAAAGGGAUCUGCAGUAAUAGAAUUGGCUCUAGAUGGCAUUCUCUGUGAUAUUAUAAAUCGAACAUCCGAAAUUAAUAUCUACACUUUUGACUUAGCUUCUAUGGAUAAAAACGACGGACUUAGAUAUAUAUUAUCAGUUUUUGGAAAGUAAGAAAAUUAUUAUAUUUAAAUUCUUAAUAUAAAUAUAUGUAUAUUAUANAAUAAAUACCGUAUGUAUUAAGAUUUUUUUAUGCAAAUCUGGAUUCCUUUAAGAUAUAUAUUUUGCUCAUAUUCGGAAUUAAUCUUGUUACUUUAUAUAACAUUGUAUUGAAAAAAUUUAAAAAAGAACGCACAUAAAACAUUUAUUAACUCUUUUUUCCAUUUUAUUUAUUAAGUGAUGUAUAUACAUUUUUUUUCAGGUUAUUUGAAAUUGGUAUAAAUCCAAAAAUUAGUAAACUCUAUCCAGAAAUUGAAUUUCCAGUAAGUCGAGGUACGCCAAUGAUUGCACCUUUAAUACGAUGGAACCAUUCAGAAGAAUGGCAUGUGACAAAGUAUGAUGUUCGUGACCAUAAUAAUUCAGGCGAACGAAAAUUUUUAAUUUCAUUAAAUGAAGAAGAGUUUGAAUAUUUAUCUGGUCACAUUAUUGAUGGAAAGAAUUUAUUCCCGGAUACAGGAUACCUGGUAAAUCAUAAUAUUUAUAAUUAAAUAAUUCAUCACAAAUAUUUUGUUUAUUAGGUAAUGGCAUGGGAAACACUAGCUUUAAUGAAAGGCAAAUUAUAUUCAGAAGUAUCUGUUAUAUUUGAAAAUAUUCGUUUUGAAAGAGUAAUUAAUAUUUCAAAGGAUAGUAAUGUUGAAUUUAUUGUUAUGGUACAAAGAGUUAGUGGUGAAUUUGAGGUAAUAGAAAGUGGUACACCAGUUGCUACUGGUCGUUUAUAUAUUCCCAUUGACGUUAAUAAAGAGAUGAUUGAUAUGCCACCACAUCCAUAUAAACCUAAUAGUACAGAUUUAAACAUUAAAGACGUUUAUAAAGAGUUAAAACUUCGUGGAUAUAAUUAUGGAGGAUUAUUCAGAAGUUUAAACCGUGUAAAUAUUGAUGGUGAGUAUAAAAUAUAAGUAAGAAAUACCAUUUUUUAUGGUCUUCUAGAAUGGUCUUCUUUUGUACAGUUACUGUUGGUAGAAUUGGAUGGUUUAAUAAUUGGGUAUCGUUUAUCGACAAUAUGUUACAAUUACGAAUAUUAAAUGAAGAUACGCGGAGUUUGCUUACCCCUGUAUCAUUAGAGAGUCUUGUGAUCAAUGUGGACAGGCAUUCUUUAGUCUUACAAACACUUUCCGAAAAAAAUUCAGGUGAUUAAUAUUCUUAUGUUUUAAAAUAUUUUAUUUACUGAGUAAAUAUUGCAGAAAUCCCUGUUUAUGUAUAUCCGGAGAUGGAUCUUAUUAAAUCUGGUGGAAUUGAAAUAAGGGGACUACAUGUAAAUGCUAUUCCUAAAAGAAAACCAUUAGAUAAUCCGGUUGUUGAAAAAUAUAUGUUUAUACCAUAUACUAUUGACAUGGUGAAUAAAAAUAAAAAAUUAUUUAUAUUGUAGUGCACAACUAUACAAAUAUAUAUUUUCCAGGGAUAUACUCUCGAAGAUAUAGUGCGCAUUUGUUUGCAUAUAGCUAUUGAAAAUAACAUGGCCAUUAAAAUCAAAACUCUAGAAAUUUUAAACCAAACAAUUAAGCCUGAUGAACGAAUUAUUAGUCCCAUGAUCCUUGAUAUCAUAACUGAUUUACCACUUGUACAAGUACGAUAGCAAAAAUGUCAAUUCUUUUGUAAAAAUUUUAUUUCUCAAUACAUAUUGUACGUUUUCAUCUUAAUUUCUAUAUUUGUUAAUAAUUAGGCCGAGGUGUGUAUUCUGUCUAAUAAAAAUCAUCCUCAACUAAAAGAAGUGUCAAAUAAUAUAACAGUGAAAAACGGAAAAUUGCCUACAGACCAAUCGGUAUUAUUUAUUGUCGGAUCAAAGCUAUUAGAAGAUGCUGAAGUACUAGAAAAUGUAUUUGAUUCGUUAAAACCGGAAGGAUUUUUAUUGACAAGAGAACAAUUAAAUUUCGAACCAUCAUUGAACCUUGUAGAAGUUUGUUUUGAUGUGUUAUUUAAAGAGGAACGAUUGAUGCUUGUGAGAAAGGUAUAAUCAAAAGUCAAACGAUCAUACUAUAUAAAAUAUAAUUAAAUUCAUAACUAAUUUAGCCUAUAAAGCAAAACGAAGUUCCAAUUGUUAUUAAAAUCUCGAGUAAGGAGUUUUCAUGGUUGCCUGUUUUACAAAAAACAUUAUCCGAUGAUGCUUCCAUUAAACAAAAGGUUAUUCUCGUUGCUGAAAAAGAUCCUACAAACGGAAUUAUGGGGCUAUUUAAUUGUGUCAGAAAAGAAACUGGUGGUGAUAGAACCAGGUAUGUAUAAAAUAUUGAUAUACAUGUGAAAUUUUAUAAAAACGACAAACGUACACUUGGAUAGAUUUAGAAAUACAUUAUUGUUCUUCUAAAUAAAAUUUGAAGUUUUUUUAUUAGAAUAAAUAUAGAUAAUACGCAAAAAUACCUUAAAAACCAAAAUAUAGGAAAUUUAAUAGAUAACAAUUUUAUCAACUCUUGAACGUCACAAAUUAAAAAUGUAAUAUGUUGAGUUUAAUUAUUAACUGUAUGUUACUAAAAUUAUUAUUUAAUAUACACAAUUUUGGACUGUUAUUUUUAGAUGCGUGUUUAUAAUGGAUGAAUGUGCGCCACCGUUUUCCUUAGAAGAUCCAUUAUAUAAGAAUCAGUUAAAAAAAGAUUUAGCUUUAAAUGUUUACAAAAAUAAUGUUUGGGGAUCCUAUAAACAUUUAUUACUUGAACCAUUAUCCUUAGUUGAAGCUCACCAUUGCACGGUUAAUUUUUCUAAUCUCGGUGAAUUUUCGUCUUUGAAAUGGUUUUCCGGACAUAUUGUUCCAUAUACAGAUCAACCAGAUAAAUCAAAAAUAGUACAUAUAUAUUAUACCGCUUUGAACGACAGAGAUAUUAUGUUAGCUACAGCGGAACUAGCACCUGAAGUUGUAUCAAAAAGCCGUAUUAGUCAAGAAAAUGUACUGGGUAUCGAGUAUGCAGGUCGUAGCGAGAAAGGAGAACGGGUAAUGGGGAUGAUAGCGUCACAAGCUUUAACAACUUUAAUUGAAUGUGACCCAUAUUUAUUAUGGCAAGUGCCUAACUAUUGGUCUCUAGAAGAAGCAGCAACUGUGCCAGUCGUUUAUGGAACUGUAUGAAAAAAACCAUUGCGUUUUGGUUAACAUAGGUAAUAAUUUUGAAUGUCCGUUUCUUAAGGUUAUAUAUGCUUUGGUUGUCAGUGGUCGAAUUAAACGAGGUGAUUCAAUCCUUAUUCACGCCGGUGAUGGUGCAGUUGGUCAAGCUGCUAUACAUUUAGCACUUUAUUACAAAUGUGAAAUUUUUACAACAGUCAAAACACCAGAAAAAAGAAAAUUUAUUAGAACCCAUUUCCCACUGGUAUAAAUAUAUUUUAAAACAAUUUUACAAAACAUUAAUCGAUUUUCUUUAGAUUCCUGAGAGCCAUAUUGGAAGUUCGAGAGAUUCAUCUUUUGAACAAAUGAUUAUGAUGGAAACUGAUGGAAAAGGAAUAGAUAUGGUGUUGAAUUCGUUAACAGAAGAAAAGCUUUUAGCUUCAGUGAGGUGUUUAGCGACUGGUGGACGAUUUUUAGAAAUUGGAAACUUUGAUCUAGCCUCAAACAUUAUGUUAGGUAGAAUAAUACGUUUUAUAUUUUUAAAUUACAAUUAUUUUAUCAAAACCUUUAUUUAUUUUUAGACAUGGAAUUAUUUUUUUUAAAAAAAAUUAGUUUUCAUGGAGUUAUGUUGGACACAUUAUUAACUAGUUCAGCUAAAUUUAAACAAUCGUUACAAUGUCUUUUACAAGAACAUAUAAAUUUAGGUGCUAUAAAGCCAAUAGUACGUACAGUUUUUGAAUCAGUUGAAGUAGUACAAGCUUUUAGGUACAUGGCUGCAGGUAAACAUAUCGGUAAAGUAGUCAUAAAAAUUCGAUCUGAAGAAAAAGAACGUGUUAUUCAAGCAGUUCCUUUAACUCAAACGGUUCAGCCUAGAAUAAUGUUUGAUAAAAAUUCAUCGUGUAUUAUUUGUGGUAAUUACAAUAAAAAACCAGAAAUAAAACAUAAUAUGUAUCUACUAUCUUUAUAACUAAGGUUUGGAUGUUUAUGUACUUAAAAUUACUGUAAUAAAUAUGCAUUUAUACAUUAAAAAAAAUUACCAAAUAUGCAAUCAAAUUAUGCUCAAAAAAUAAUAAAACGUUAAAUUUUAGUUCAAAAAAACACCAAAAUAUAGACACCAACAUUUUAUCUUAAGUCUUACCUUACAUUUGUAUUAUUAGUUAUUUUUUAAUAUAUAUUACAUAUUAAUUUACAAUAAAAGCGUUACAAUGAGAAACAAUGGUUUUUUUUUUUAAAUUUGUUCAAAUUUUACGCUUUAUUUCUUUUUUUUAUGUUUCGUUAUUAAUUUAAAUUGUUUUUAAUUAAGUUCGAAAAUGUUCUGAAAUAUAAUUGCAUGUUCUGAAAAUUCUACAUUAUGUAUUUAAAAUAUAAAAACAUAAAAUGUGCUACAUAAAAAUAGUAUUGUUUGAUUCAGUCAAACAAAAAUUAAAUUUGUAUUUAAGUUAGCAUUGAAUUGGGUAAACAGAAAAAUAUAUACAAUUUCAUAAACAUCUGAUCCCUUAGUAUGUAUAACAUUUGUUUUUCUCUACUGAGAUAUUAAUUAAUUAAAAUAUUUUCCAGGUGGUCUUGGGGGUUUUGGUCUUGAACUAGUUGACUGGAUGGUUUUACGGAAUGCAAGAAAUAUUGUACUUGCUACUAGAACAGGUCUUCGUACUGGAUAUCAAGCACUGAGAAAACGUAUAUGGGAAUCAUAUGGAGUUAAAGUAGUUAUUUCAACAGCUGAUAUUACUACUGAUGAUGGAGUAAAACAAUUAUUUAAUGAAGCAAAUCAAUUAGCACCAGUUUCUACAAUUUUUAAUCUUGCCGUAGUAAAUAUAAUAUGAUUUAAAUAUAAUUAAUUAGUAAUUUAAUUUAAUUUUAUCAUUGAUUAAACAUUGUUUCAUUAUAAUUCUUAAUUAUUUUUAACCCUUAAAACCAGGUUUUCCCAAUUAUCUCGAAUAUUAAAUAUAAUUUCAAAAAAUGAUCUCUAUAAAGUACCAUCCAGAGAACAUUUCCUUUCAAAAAAAGUGUUAUACGUGAAAAUCAUAGUAAGCCUUCUUGUAGAAAACAUUAACAUCAUUGUAAAACCAAUACAAUCGUUGCUCCACUCAGAAUAUGAAAUAAAUUAAACAAAUUCCACAAUAUCAAAAUAAGAAGAAAAUUAAAAAAAAAAAUUAUGCCUUAAAUUAUAAUAGCUAUUCUUAUAUAUUAUGAAAUUCUACAUUUUGUAUUAAUAUUAUUUGAUAUACAUAUAUUUAAUAUAAAUUGAUUUCAUUUUAUGAGUAGUCAUUUCAGUUAUAUAUUUUAAGAAAAAAAAUUAUUCUUUUAUUGUAAAGCCAUUUCUGUACAUUAUGAUAUGAAUUUCUACGUUUUUUAUUAGUAUUAUUUGAUAUACAGAUAUUAAAUACAAAUGUAUUUUAUUUUUUUGGUAUUCUUGAAGAUUUUUAUUUAAAAAUAAAAAAGUUUUUAAAAACGGAUUUUUUAUUCUACAAUCGUAAGGAAUAGUGUUAAAAUAUUUUUUGAAACGAUUGUUACAAAAUGAUACAUUUAAAACGGUUUAUUACAUUAAACAAUAACGAUACAACUAUAUACUAAUAUGACUAUACAAUAAUUGAAAUUAAUACUUUAAUGUUUUUUAUCAUCGAUAUAGUAACUUGAUUAUUUAUUUAGUGUAUUAUUUUUUUAGGUUUUAAAAGAUGCUUUAUUUGAAAAUCAAACAGUUGAAGACUUUAUAGUAUCAUGUCGACCAAAAGCUAUUGCUACAUCGUUACUAGACAAAUAUUCUAGGAUAAUGUGUCCAGAUUUAAAACAUUUUGUAAUAUUUUCAAGUGUAACGUGUAGUCGUGGGAACAUUGGUCAAACUAAUUAUGGUUUGUCAAAUUCAGUGAUGGAGAGAAUAUGUGAAAUUCGGAGAUCAGAAGGUUUACCAGCAUUGGCUAUUGAAUGGGGUGCUAUUGGUGAUGUAGGCCUUGCAACCAGCAUGGCUGAAGGCAACAAAGAAGUGGUCGUUUCUGGUACUAAACAACAAAACAUAGCCAAUAGUUUAGAAAUAAUGGACCAUUUAUUAAUUCAGAAAAACUAUCCAAUAGUCACUAGCAUUGUGGUUGCUGAAAAAAGUGCUAAAAAAUGUAGUAAUGCUCUUGUUGAUACUGUUAUUGACAUAUUAGGGCAUAAAGAUUUCAAAAAUAUUAGUUUACAUUCAACAUUAGCAGAAUUAGGUAUAGAUUCAAUGAUGACUGUAGAAAUUAAACACUUAUUAGAAGUACAAUUAGAAGUAUUCUUAAUGCCCAAAGACAUAAGAGGAAUAACAUUUACGAAAUUGCAAGAGUUUGAUGCUUUAGAUUAUAAAGAAAAGCAAUGUCAAUUAAAUAAAUUUACGACAGUUAAUGAAUCGAUAGAAUUAGAAUUGUUACCCUCGUAUUACUCAGUUGCAAUCUUAGAAAAUAUGUGUCUUUAGUUUUGUAUUAAAUAUUAUGUGUAUUGUAUACUAUUUUGAUUGGUACUUGUGUCAUGGUGACAUGUUAUAAUAUUUUAAAUUCGUCAUUUUGUAUGAUACUCAUUAUCUAUAAUAUGUAUAACACCGGAUUGUUCGCAUUAACAUUGUAAUUAAAUUUUUGGACUUAUGCAAUAUAUUAUAAUAAUAUUAUUUCAUCCAGAGCUUGAUUCAAAAAUAAAAAAAUAAUGUGUACCGU